UGUGACGUGCACCCAACUCCUGUGUGACUGCCUGUCCAGGUCUCCGCUUGUUUGCAGCUGUUCACUCGGCUGCUAAUUGAAACAUUUAUUCAGGAUUUGAGUGAUACUAGUUGUUGUGCGUUUACCUCCUGUCGCAGAUAGCAACUGAUCUCUUUAUACCUGUCUCUGAACUGGGAAUAAGAACAAUCAAGAUUUAACCUGACACGUACAUCUGCUGCGGCGUGGAUUUACACAGCAAUAACUCCACCUUGUAGCAAGAUCUGAAUGCAAAAGCAGGACAUUAAAAUGUUUCAGCUAUGGUCUAUCUCACUUUAACUUUGUACUGGCUUCUGAAGAAGGUGGAACACUUCCAGAACUGGUUGUCAAAAUUUACUAGAUCAUCAUGGCCGAUACCAUAUUUGGAAAUGGAACAGAUAAAUGGGUGUGCCCGAACGACAGACAUCUAGCUCUAAGAGCCAAACUGCAGACAGGCUGGUCAGUACACACCUACCAAACAGACAGGCAGAGGAAAAAUCAAUGUCUAAACCAAAAUGAAAUCGAAUCAAUUGUACAAGUUAUCAGAAGAGCUGAGAAAGUGGAUACCCUGGAGCAGCAGAGAAUUGGACGUCUAGUUGAGAGAUUAGAAAACAUGAGGAAAAAUGUCAUGGGAAAUGGGAUGUCGCAGUGCCUGUUGUGUGGGGAGCAACUUGGAUUGCUAGGGACCACUUCUGUCUUUUGUCAAGACUGUAAAAAGAAAGUCUGCACUAAAUGUGGUAUUGAAACUGUUGGCACCCUGAAGCGACCCACGUGGCUCUGUAAAAUCUGCAGUGAGCAAAGAGAGGUUUGGAAGAGAUCAGGAGCUUGGUUUUACAAAGGUAUUCCAAAAUACACUUUGCCAUUAAAAGUUUCAAGUAAAUCAAAUGAACUACACCUGAGACAUGCACAAGCAGAACCUCAAAUUGAAGACUUGAGGAUUAGUUCAACAACCCGUACAUACACCUGGGCAAAAGGAAGAGGUCAGUGGCUUAUUGACAUGGCCUCUAGUGACAGCGAAAGUGAUUCUGAAUUAAGCUCAUCGAGUAUGGAUGACAAAGCUUCCACAUUAGACUACAAAGAUGACAAAUGGCAAAGAAAUAGGAUAGAUGCUGUGUCAAGUACUGAGCCUACUCUGAUUCCAAUCAGUAGCAAUAGGAACCAUUUUGGUGGAUUAUCUGGUAGUCUAACCAGUCUUGGCAGUGAUCGAGGAGGUACAGUAAGUGCAACUGAAAGCUGCCCUGGAGAACUUAUUGAAGGAUACGAUAGUGACAUCAGCAGACGUGGUAGAGAGGAGAAGAUGUCAAAGUUUCUGAAAAGAAGAAAUGCUGCUCGUCACAUAAUGGGAAAGCAUCGUGGAAAUGUAAAUGUUCGACGCUGACUACAAGAUGAAAAAGAAUAUUUCAACUCUAAUAAAAGUCUUGUUCCUUAAAGCAACUGCAACAUUCAAAAUGUUAUUGGACCUUCUAUCGUCAAACGCUGGAGAAUGGAUAUUGCGCCUAUGUGUUGUGGGCUUUUGGCUUACAGUUAUGGUGUGUUGCAUUAAACUAUACAACUAGAAAUCAGUGCUUGUUAGCUGGCUGUAUAAAUGUUAUCUAUUGUAGUAUAUGUUUUCGAAUAUCUAAUAGAUUGACUCUACUCCGUUGUUGUCUUUUCGGUUUUUGUUUUUUUGAUGAUGCAACCCAUGAGAUAUCUGCAGCAAAUGGAUUGCUAAGAUGCACAUAACUAUCUCAGAGGGUAAAUGACUGCUUAACAGUAUGUUUGUUUACAUAUUCGUGAAAUAUCGUCCUUAAUAAUGGUACACAUUUGAUGUUAAACAACUGCAAUUUAGAACUGGAUAACAGCGUUUUUGGAUUAUUUUAUUGCACAUAUUCAUAUUGAUUGAAAAGUCAUGUAGUUUUGUUUUGUGCAUAAGGAAUGAAGGAAUAAUGAAAAAUACAGUUCCUUUAUUGCAAAAACUUUUUUUAAAGAUAGCAGGACUUUUUUUAUUUUUUAUUCAAAUACAUCAUUAAUUCUUAAUUUUCUCCUUCUUGCCGCAUGCCAUGGAUAAUCAUUGUGUUAUCCAACUAAUAUCUAAUACAGGAUCCCAGAAGUAUUUGGGACCAGAAGUAUUUUGGAUAUCAGAUUUUUCCGUAUUUUGGAAUAAUUGCAUACCAUAAUGAGAUGUCUUUUGGAUGUGAGCCAAGUCUAAUCACAGAAUGCAUUUAUGUUUCAUAUACACCGUAUACCCACAGCCUGAAGGUCAUUUUAUCCAAUAUUUUUAAAAACUUUGUGCAUUAAACAAAGUUUGUGUACAUACACACCAUUAAUUUAUGUUUCAUAUACACCUUAUACACACAGCCUAAAGGUCAUUUAACAAGUGGCAUCACAGGGUGGGUUACGGGGGGUGCGGCCCGCACCCGGGUGUCAUCCGCCAAGGGGUGUCACCAAAGUGCCGGAUCCUGCUCAGUAAAAGGAGCCGGGUGCUGCAUUGUAACAUUUCCAGCAGCAACCUGGCUCCUAUCACCAUGAAGGAGCUGGCACUGCAGACACGCCAGUCUCUGGGGGCAGGCCACAGCUCCCGGACCCCCGGAGUGACGAAAAUGCGGGUCGGGGCGCUUAGCCACGCCCCCGUGAAUCUAUGCCCCUACCGCGGGUCGCCCCACGAAGCCACGCCCCCUGCCGCACCAGGUACAAAAGAGGUCAGUGACGCCUCUGCAUUUAACACAAUAUGAUUAAUAACUUUGUGUAUUAAACAAAGUUUGUGUACAUUGAGCUAUCAGAAAAUAAAGGUUUCGCUAUCUCAGUCUUACUCAAAAAAAAUCCAUAUUUCAGAAUAUUCGUAUUUCGGAAUAUUUGGAUAUGGGAUACUCAACCUGUAGUAAGAUCUCUCUUUUUUGUGGCUUACAAUAGUCAGUGCUGUCUAAUGCCUUAUUUCAUAAGAGUCAAAUAUGCUAGAAUUCUUCUUUUGUAAAAUCUAGCAUAUUCAUUUGUAUUUGUGACCAGAUAGGUGCUUCUUUAUACAUUACUGUGUAAUCGCAUUGUUUUGAAGUAUUUUAUUAUGAAACUUACAUUUAUCCUGUAUUCCACCAAAGAAAUGUAAGCAACGUGUUAUGUUUACAUCAGCAUAAAAUAUUGGUGUUCUACUGUAUUGACUGUAAUCCUAUUUCAUUUUUUUAGGUAAAUACUGUAUAAAUAAAGCAAACAUGCAUAAAGAAAUUCAAAUCCUUAA